AAUGAUUUGAUGGCAACUUGAGUUGCACGUUGCAAGCCUUUGCAAGCAAUAUGAUUCUAAACAUUUGCCUCAGCCUGGUAAUUUUUGGGUCGUCGAUUUCUUGAACAUGAUUCCUGUCUUCAUGGAUGUGGAAUAUGCGGUGAGCUAACCGCUAACGAACCACUUUAUAUCAUAUAUGGAGGGGUAACACGAGAUACACGGAUUGUGACUCACGACGGUAUUAAAACCCCCUGCCUUGGACAUGGACCCACAGAAUCCCCUUGAUUCACGAUAACAUGUUAGGCUUUUCUUCCCCUGUGCCUAUUAGCCCAAGCAUCCAGCAGUAUCCUUCUCUACAUGACGUGGAAUCCAGAUGGGAUGAGCGAGAGGGUGUUGCGGAUCUUCAGGCCAGUGUUAAUGGCUCUCCGAUUACUUUCCCCCCAUCCAAUCCAUUGGCCAAUCAUUCAUCUACAAUACCAUUACCACCAAGUGAAGACGAGCGGACUCCACGUUCUUCUAGCGUUGUUGUACCUAUGAGAUCUCCAGAUACAGAGAUCAACCAAGUUUCUUUCAUCCCAAUGACAUAUAUCCCAACACUCGAGCAACCACAACCUACUGAUCCUCUACAAUCGACUAAUGCAGUUGAUAAUCAUGAACGUCCCUCACCUCAUCACGCCGGACCUGAAGAAAGGGCUGGAUUCCGACCUUCCCAUGAUCAUGAUCGCAUUAGUGACAGCAGUAGCUCUCCGUUGUCACACAGUGAAAGACCGCCGUACAGAGUCAGAUGGGGUAGUUCAUUGCCUUCACAUUCUUCAUCUAAUGCACUCCCUGGCAGGUGGGAUACUCCGCUUCCUCAUCCUCCGUUACAUACAUCUUCGAGCAUAAAUCCUCCCCCGACCACAAAUCCUCCCUCAACUAUACCUCCUCCGCCCAUGUAUCCAUUUAACAUGACACCUUUGUGGAGCUCAAAUGGCCCUCCACUUCGAUCCCUGCCAAACCCCCCACUGUAUUAUUCCAACCAGUCAACGCCUUGGUAUUACACGCCACAUCCUCUGCCUGCGAAUCCUGUAACACCGUAUACCCUUCCUCCUAUGACUCCCAACCCAAUUAUUGCGUUCACACCUCGCUCUACGUAUGGACCCGAAACCGAAACAGCUUUCAGUAUGAACCACACACCUUCCCGGAUGCAUCAGACACCUUCCGGUUUCGAUACACCUGCGAAUGCCACACCUAGCACUCAUAAUAGCAUGUAUAGGCCCACGCCCGAAGCGCCUCGUAGGAGAACUCAAUCCCUCGAACCUGAGGAAACUACCUAUGAGCGAUACCAACCACGUGAUAAUAACGAUAGGCGGGGACCGCCCAAUAAUUCUGCAUCCGCAACACCUUUUUAUCAACGUUCGGUAAAUGAUCAACCUCACAACAGGUUCUAUCUUAUUGACGGAAAUGUUGAGUUCCGGGUUACCAAUAUACUGUUCAGAGUUCAUCUCCAUUUUUUCUCCCAAGCCCGAGUUUUCUUCGCCUUUCCCUACAUUCCCCCAAUCAUCGACCUCACUGCUUAUUGCUUCAGUCCAUCUGAGUUUAGUUCCUUGUUAACAAUGUUCUAUCCAAGGACGCCUGGGUCCCUUGAGAUACAAACUGUCGAAGAGUGGAUCUCGGUUCUCAAUGUCACCUCCGCAUUAGGAAUGGAAGAUAUCCGCACUCUAGCAAUGAAACGCAUUUUGAAGGAUGCUUCCCCUGUUGAUCGUAUCAUGCUAGCGAGCUACUAUGAUAUAGAUUCUCAAAUACUGGUUGCGGCCUUCGAAGAGCUCUGUAUGCGGUCCCAGCCUCUGACUGAAGCGGAAGGUAAAAAAGUUGGGGUUGAGGGUUUGAUUAAAUUGGCUAGGAUGAAGCAUGAGCUGCAACACAACGUGAAGAGGUAUCUAGAUCCUGUCAAGAUUGAUCAAAUGCUUCGUAGGCUAGUUGAAAGUCCCUGAAAAGGACAAAUCUGUGGUUACUAAUAU